UUAUACUCUGAAAUCUUUAUGAUUUAGUAACAAAAGGUGAGAUUACUUGAUGUCUUAGUGUCGAGAAUUGAAAAUUUGAAGAGAAUUUAAAAACAUGAUCCUACUUUGUAUAACGUUGCUCUUAAUUAAAAUCACUUGAAUAAAUCUAAACGUGUGUAAGAGACCCUCUUAUCUCGAGGUAACAAAAAUGUCAUAUCCCGUAAGUUAGGACACAGCAUCUCGAAUCCUCAAAAAUAAGCUUGCUCUUUAUUUAAUUACUAUUUAAAUCUCACGUGUUUUAAAUUUAAAAGGGAUGUCCGGUUAUCUAAGUUCAAGGAGAAAGUCGAACCCCGUAAGUUAGGGCAUGACUUCUCAAAUCUCCAAAUACGGGACAUUGCCUUAAUUUUAAAAUUUCCUUUAUUAACUAAUAACAAAUGUAACAUUUAAAACAAUAUAUAUUUAUCUUACUUGGGGUAUAAUAUAAAGACGACCAAUUAUACUUAAACAUAACGUAUAAUGUAGUAAUGAUGAGAUAAUAUAGAAUGACUAUAUGGGUAUGAUAUAUAACAAAUAAAUAAGAGAAUGAUAUAAUAGUACUAAUGUAACUAUAAUAAUCAUAAUAAUAUUAAUAAUCAAAUCAUAAUAAUGAUAAAAUAAAUAAGGUAAUUUAAAACAAAUAAAAUGAAAGAUGCUUAAUAACGAAUGUAAAUAUAAAUAAUAUGAGAAUAUGUAUAAAUAAAUAACGAGCGAAAAAUGAACUAAAUGAGUGAAAAAUGUACAAGUAUGAACAACAUCAAUUUUAAGAAAAAUAAGAAGUAAGACAAUAAUAAAUGAGUAAAUAAUAGUAAAAAAAUUGAAUGAAAAGCUGAAUUUGCAAUAAAAAUAAAUAAGUAAAUAAUAAUAAAAAUUUCAUGAAAAACUAAAAUUAAAUAAAUGAGGGACUGAAUUGAAAUUUAAAUAAAAUUACAAGUAUAAAACAUAAUAAAUAAAAUAAAUAAAAUAGUAAAACAAAAUAAAGGACCAAAGCGAAAUGCGCGAAAAGGAUAAGGGACUAACUGGGAAAAUAUCCCAAACCCUACCAAACAUGCCGUUCCCUUUGGCAAAUCAAGGGACUAAAUUAAAAAUGAAAUAAAAUUAAAUGGUCCAAUCUAAAAGAAAAAAGAAUUAGGACCAGAUUGAAAAUGAUUCCAAAAGCGUAGAUACCAGGGACAUAAAUAAACCAAUGCCAAGAAAACACGUGGAUAUUAGGACGAAUCGGGUAAGGUCUCCGGGUCGGCUUCAAAAUGACACCAUUUAGGAUGUCUAUUUCCCAUAAAUGGUCCAAGGACCAAAAUAAAAAUAAAAUAAAAAUAAGUGGUCAAAUUUAAAAAAUAAAAGAAUAAAAUAGGACCUAAUUGAAACUCACUGUAAAAUAGAAAGGACCCAUAGAGAAAUUAGACCCCUAUGUCAAAAACGUGCGGAUCUUGCAUGGUUCGGGUCGGGUCUCGGGUCAGCGAUCGGGUCGUAUCAAAAUGACGUCAUUUUGGUACUUAUGAACAUUGGCCAAAACGAUGUCGUUUUGCCUCACCUAUAUAAGUCGAAAAACCUAAAAAAAAAGAAUUAUAUUUUUGUUUUUUUAAAAAAAACUGAGAGCUCUUUCAUUCUCUCUCGUCUUUUCCUACCUCCAGCCCAGACAUCGGUGAGCCUUCGUCGUGACUUUGUUGUGGUGAGAAAAUGAAAAUGUUUUUAGUCCUUUUUAAAUUUUUUAAAAAUCCCGAUCUAAACCAAACAUAUUUUUUUUGAAAUCGAAAAAAAAGAAAAAGAAACACGAAGAAAAACCUUCGGUCUUGCCACGUUCCAAACCCUUGUCAGAACCCUAAUGGGUUCUGAGAUAUUCGAAGUGCUGGAGGUUGUCCUGGAUAGCGGCGGAAGGUGGAACGACAGUGAUAAGCUGAUCACUAUCACUUACAAUUCAAGAAAGAAAAUGUGGAGGCUUAAGAUAGGGGAAGGUGGCAACGAUCCUUACCUUCACAGUACCAACAAUUUUCUGGGAAGACAAACAUGGAAGUUUGAUCCAAAUGCAGGCACAGAUGAAGAACGAGCUGAGGUUGAAGAAGCUCGUCUUAACUUCUACAAAAAUCGGUUCAAUGUUCAGCCUAGUUCUGAUCUCCUAUGGCAAUUGCAGUUUCUAAGGGAAAAAAAGAUGAAACAAACCAUUCCCCAACCGAAGAUAGAGGAUGGAGAAGAAGUGACAUAUGAAGCUACAACUGCAGCAGUGAAGAGAAGUGUGCACCUAUUUUCAGCUCUACAAUCAAUACAUGGCCAUUGGCCAGCUGAGAAUGCUGGCCCCAUGUUUUAUUUUCCUCCUUUGGUCAUGUCAUUAUAUAUCACAGGACAUCUCAAUACUAUAUUCUCUGCAGAACAUCGCAAAGAAAUUCUCCGUUACAUUUAUUGUCAUCAGAAUGAGGAUGGAGGAUGGGGAUUAUACAUAGGGGGUCACAGCACCAUGUUUUGCACAGCUCUCAACUACAUUUGUAUGCGAUUAUUGGGAGUAGGACCUGAUGGUGGCCUCAAUAAUGCUUGUGAGAGAGGCCGAAAAUGGAUUCUUGAUCGUGGGGGUGUCACUACUAUUUCUUCUUGGGGGAAGACUUGGCUUUCAAUACUGGGUGUUUAUGAAUGGUCAGGCUGCCAUCCAAUGCCUCCGGAGUUUUGGCUCUUUCCUUCUUAUUUUCCCGUUCAUCCAGCAAAGAUGUUUUGUUACUGUCGAUUAACGUACAUGCCAAUGUCGUAUUUGUAUGGAAGAAAAUUUGUGGGUCCAAUCACACCUCUAAUUUCACAAUUAAGAGAAGAACUCCACAUUGAACCAUAUAAUGAAAUCGAUUGGAGUACAAAGCGACAUUUAUGUGCAAAGGAAGAUCUUCAUUACCCUCAUACAUGGCUUCAAAUAUUGCUUUGGGAUAGCCUUUACAUAUUUUCAGAGCCUCUCCUUAAUUGUUGGCCCUUUAAUAAAUUAAGAGAAAAAGCUCUUAAAGUAACAAUGGAUCUCAUUCAUUAUGAAGAUGAAAGCAGUCAAUAUAUUACUGUUGGAUGUGUGGAAAAGCCUUUAUGUAUGCUAGCUUGUUGGGUUGAAGAUCCAAAUGGAAUUCCCUUUAAGAAGCAUCUUUCUAGGGUUGAUGACUAUGUUUGGGUUGGAGAAGAUGGAAUAAAGAUGCAGAGCUUUGGAAGUCAAGUUUGGGAUGCUAGUCUGGUUCUCCAAGCUUUGCUUGCUAGCAAUUUAUCUAAUGAAAUUGGACCUACAUUGAUGAAGGGGCACAAUUUCUUAAAAAACUCACAGGUUAGGGAUGAUCCUCCGGGAGAUUUUAAAAAAAUGUUUAGACAUAUUUCUAAAGGAUCAUGGACGUUCUCUGACCGCGAUCAUGGAUGGCAAGUUUCUGAUUGUACUGCAGAAAGUUUAAAGUGUUGCCUAUCUUUUUCAAUGAUGGCACCUGAAAUGGUUGGUGAGAAAAUGGAAAGAGAGCAUGUCUAUGAUGCUGUCAAUGUUCUUCUAUCUUUACAGAGCAAAAAUGGUGGUUUCUCAGCUUGGGAGCCAGCAGGAGGUGGAUUCUGGUGGGAGUGGCUAAAUCCAGUCGAGUUUCUAGAGGAUCUAGUUAAAGAAUAUGAGUAUGUAGAGUGCACUUCAUCUUCAAUCCAGGCACUAGUUCUUUUCAAGAAACUAUACCCAGGGCAUAGAGAACAAGAGAUUGAAAAUUGCAUCAGAAAAGCUGCAAAGUACAUUGAAGAUAUACGAUAUCCCGAUGGUUCUUGGUAUGGAAAUUGGGGAAUUUGCUUCUUUUAUGGGACAUGGUUUGCACUCUUAGGUCUUAAAGCUGCUGGGAAGAACUUCGAAAAUUGCUUGGCUAUUCGGAAAGGAGUUGAUUUUUUGCUUAGAACCCAAAGAGAAGAUGGUGGUUGGGGAGAGAGUUACCUUUCUUGUCCCAAAAAGGUAUAUACACCCAUUGAGGAAAAAGAAUCGAAUUUAGUAAGUACUGCACAAGCAAUGAUGAGUUUAAUUGUUAGUGGCCAGGCUGAGAGGGAUCCUACACCUUUGCAUCGAGCUGCAAAAUUGUUGAUAAAUUCUCAGUUACCAAAUGGUGAUUUUCCCCAGCAGGUAAGUUUCUUUAUGUAUAUACAUGCAUCAUUAAGAGAAAAGGGAAAGGAAAAGGGUAAAAGUACUAAUUAUGCUAUUUAUUAAGAAUCAGAUUAUAUU